CUGAGUUGAGUUGAGUGAGUUCAGUUUCAGUUUCGUUUCAGUUGUCAAAAUGGUGUUAUAGUGGACUGUCAAGGUCGCUCAAAUAAGUGAAUUUUUUAAUGUUACCUUCGUUAAUGUUUAAUGUGUUUGCAGAAACUAUCAAGGGAAACUUAAAAGGACUCAUGACCCUACCAAACAGCCAGGCAGAUUCUUCCAGCUCUGUGUAUUUUGUAAAUUUCAAUCAGGAUUGCACAUCACUCUCAGUGGGCACAAAGACAGGUUACCGAAUCUUCUCCCUGAGCUCCGUGGACUCUCUCGAGCAGAUCUACGAAGAUGUUUCCGCAGACACUCAGGACUGCUGCAUCGUGGAGAGGCUGUUCAGCUCGAGUCUGGUCGCCGUCGUCAGUCUCAGCUCCCCUCGGAAACUCAAGGUUUGCCACUUCAAGCGGGGAACGGAGAUAUGCAACUACAGCUACAGCAACACCAUCCUGUCCGUCAAGCUAAACCGGAUUAGACUGGUGGUAUGCCUGGAAGAGGCUUUGUACAUACACAACAUACGAGACAUGAAGGUGCUGCACACCAUACGAGAUACACCACCCAACGUGUCAGGGCUGUGUGCUCUCUCCGUCAGUAGUGAGAACUGCUACCUCGCGUAUCCAGGUAGCAGCACCAUUGGCGAGGUGCAGAUCUUCGACUGUAGCCACCUGCGUGCCAAGAUCAUGAUCCCCGCGCACAACUCUCCCCUGGCCGCGUUGGCCUUCACAUCGAGCGGCGCAAGGCUGGCAACGGCCAGUGAGAAGGGAACGGUCAUCCGAGUGUUCAACGUGGCCGACGGCACUCGGCUGUUUGAGUUCCGACGAGGCUUGAAACGCUGUGUCAGGAUUGCCAACCUUCUCUUCUCUACCGACUCACAGUUUCUCACAGCGUCGAGCAACACAGAGACUGUGCACAUCUUCCGACUAGAUGAGCCUCAACCUGCCCCUGUAGAGGACAACGCUGGGUGGAUGGGUUACCUGACCAAGGCUGCCACUCUGUCAGCCAAGUAUCUCCCCACACAGGUGACAGACGUGUUCAGUCAGGGCAGGUCGUGUGUGUGCGUGCACCUGCCUGUCCACGGCUACAAGACAGCUUGUGCAGUCGCCACGAUACAGAGAGUGCUGCGUCUACUGGUAGCCUCAACUGACGGCUUCCUCUACAUAUACAACCUGGACACAUCCGAGGGUGGGGAGACUACCCUGGUCAAGCAGUACAGGUUGGAUGGUAAAGCGGAGACCAUCACAGAAGUGGUGAGUGUCGGAGGAGAAAACCCCCCUUCGUCCAAUCCGCUGCCAAUCGACAAAACCGACUCCCCCACCCCAGGCCUGUGUAGCUCCUCCUACGCGGGCAUUCUCAAAGGACACUCGCCCGGCCACAUGUCAGGUAACUCUGAGAAGUUCCAUGAGAUGAACCUGGCCACGUCUUCGCCGCCCAAAGACGGUUUCCGCCUCACUGAUGACUCAGAGUUCCCUCCGGUCUCUACUGAUUGAACGUGUAAAUAUUCCCGGCACCAAUGUAUAUUAUAUUUAUUAAGUCUUUCUGUUCCGUUAUGUGGAUCACAAUUUCGACGUUUAUUUUAUUCACUCUAAAUAAAUCAAAAUUCUUUGUA